AGAGUGUUUCAGUAUGAUUUUAUAAUGUUUAAAACUUGCCACGAAAUCAAUCGUGUUACGGAUUCGUUCGUACCAACGAAUCCGCGGAAAAAUGACCGUUGAAAGGAAAUUGAAAAAUAACUGAUUUUUAAUGACAGUGAGAAUGAAUUUUUUCAUACUUUUCAUAGUGACAGUCGCUUACGUUAAAUUUGUUACGACUCAGAAGAAUCUAAAAUGGAAUAAACGUACAGAAAGUUUUGACACCAUUGCCAAUGUACUGACAUCAAAGGUGAAGAUACAAAAAGACAUUUCGAAAUAUGAACAACUAGAAAUUCGCGAUUUCAACGGGCGACCCUUAAAAAUCUCCUAUUACGAGGACCAGGGUGUUUUUGAAUACUACGAUAACGACACGAAAGCUAAAGGUAUUUGCGGAGAAAUUUGGACGACUAUAUGCAACUUUUUGAAUUUCACAAUGCUUCUAAGCAAGGAUCCAAUAGCGUAUAUUGGUAAGACUCACAACAACGGUACUUUUGGUGGAAUACUUGGAAAAAUUUGGAAAAAUGAAACUGAUGUUGUGCCCCAUAUGAGCAUGUUUUCAGCACGUUACAAGGCUGUUCAGUUCAGCUCGACUUUUUGGAUGUACAGUAUACGAAUUUAUUCGCGGGGAGAAUGGAGACGGAACCCUGCUUGGAUGUUCAGUAUAUUUGCGCAGGAAGUGUGGAUCACGCUUCUUGCAUUUUUAGUGACAUUGAGCCUCGCAAAUACCAUAACGCAACGAGUACUGAUAAAUUAUCGGGCAAAAAAGUUGAGGAGCGAAAGCAUUUUCAGUUAUUUAUUCUACAAUUUUGCAACGCUUUGCAAUCAACCGAGUAGUUCGUCCAACAAAUCUCCAAGCGGAUCAAAAUUAUUGAAUGUGAUAAUUAUCAUCUUCGCUUAUCUCACACUCGCUGCCUAUAAUUCACGUUUAAUAUUCAAUUUGGCCCAAGAAUCAUUCGCAGCACCUUUUAACGACGUCGAUAGCCUCAUGAACAAAACCUCCUAUAACAUCAUAAUCUUAAAUGGCAGCAUUACUCAGCGCAUUGUUCAAACCGAUUUUGGCAAAGACGUUUUUGAUCGAGUCCGAAAAUCACCGCGUUUGAAAGUCGUCCAACGUGCCGAUGACCUCUACGCUUAUGUUUGCAACCAACCAAACAAAUACGUGUUUUUAGACACUGACAAUGCAGUUGCUGUGCGAAAAAACGUGGAAUGUGAUGUCGAACCAGUAGGUGAAGCGUAUUACUCAACGCCAAUUGCGUCUGGAUUUAGCCACGGGUUUCAAUUCAGCAAAACUAUCAAGUUUUGGCUUCUGAAAUUCCGGGAAUUCGGAUUGCUGAACGCCAUGGAAAAGCGUUACAUGAGACCGACGAGAAGUAAAUUGACGAUUCGGCACGCGCAAAGUUUGACGAUCGACAUGGAGCGUGUUUCAGUGAUUUUCGGUGUGCUCGCCUUGGGUAUAAUCGGCUCGAUAAUUAUAUGCAUCGCCGAAAAUAUCAUUUUCACGAUUGAUAAACGGAAAACCAGCAAAUUGCUCAAUACCAAGCAGUCAGUUGUUGCUAAAUUGAUGCCUCACAAUCGAGUACAAGCAACGUUUCGAAGAUAAAAUAAAACCACUCGA